CUGGCCUCUACUCAACCACACCACGUCAUUUUCUCUCGAAAUCUUCCACUGAUUGGCCCAAACACAGUCGACUAUCUUCCGUCAACAAAUCCAAGUAAACCACCACAUGAAGUGGAUACUUUCAUUCGUCUACUCUCCUUAUAAAUAACCCAUACUCAUAAGCAAAUUAUACAUAAAACAAGCCCCUCUCUCUCUGUCUCUGUGUCUCUCUCUGAGCGUGUGUGAGCAACAAGAAAAGGAGAAAGCUGAAAGGCUAAAUGCCAAUCGUAGGAACUCCAAGAGCGAACCAAGCCAUGCCAAGAGAAGGCAUAUCAAACCUCUUCUCGUCGUCCAAACCACUCUCUCCUUCUUACUCUUUUCCAAGCCCUCACAUUCGAUUCGCACCUAAACACACAUUCUCAGAGUCAAUGAUGGAAGAGAACUUGGAAAUUGCCGAGUCCAUCAUCACUAGAUGGGACUUGAACAACUCCGACAACACGGUCCCCUCUCUCUUCCAUGACAACAGAAGAGAAUCCGUGGAGUUUCUCAAAUCCGUCAAGGACCUGCGUCGAGCCAUGGAUUUCUUCAUCUCUACAAACUCUAAUUCUGAUAAGCUUGUACUUGCCCAAAACCUUAUGCAAAUCGCCAUGAAAAGGCUUGAAAAAGAAUUCCACCAUAUACUGUCCACCAACCGGAACCAACUGGAUCCAGAGUCGAUUUCAGGUCGUUCCUCACGUGGAUCAAGCACAUUUGAUCGCGAAAUCGAGGAGGAAUAUCCUGGGGAGCUGACCACUGAAGAAGGGCCCAUCUCGGAACUUGCCAUGGCGAACCUUAAGUCCAUAGCAGAUUGCAUGAUCAGUUCUGGCUAUGGUCAAGAGUGCGUCAAAAUUUACAAACUCGUCAGAAAGUCCAUUACCGAUGAAAAUCUAUAUCAACUUGGCAUCGAAGGAUUCAGAUCCGCCCAGAUUCAAAAACUAAGCUGGACUGCGCUUGAUCACAUGAUCAACAACUGGCUAACUGCAGUGAAGGUUGCAGUGAAAACAAUCUUCAGAGGGGAAAGAAACCUCUGUGAUCACGUUUUCUCAGCAUCCCACACAAUCAGAGAAUCUUGCUUCUCUGACAUCACCAAGGAAGGAGCAAUCAAUUUAUUCAGAUUCCCUGAAAUGGCAUCCAGAAAUAAACCAUCGACAGGAAAGAUCUACCGUUUCAUGGAACUCUAUGGAGCAACGUUUGAACUCUGGCCAGACAUUGAAUCAAUAUUCAGCUACGAGUCCACCUCAGCGGUCAAUUUACAAGCACUCUCCUCACUAGUUAGACUUGGCCAGACGAUCCACAACAUUAUUGCGGCAUUUGAGUCCACCAUUCAAACCGACUCUUCCAGGACGAUGGUUCCUGGUGGUGGGGUCCACCCCCUGACCCAAUCUGUCAUGGCUUUCAUUUCCUCCCUUGUCGAUUACAGCAAAAUCCUCUCCGAGAUUCUUUCUGAUCACCCGCUGCCAAAUAACUUUCCCAUGCCAGAGUCCUAUUUUGAGAGUCCAGGCCAAGGAGAUGGCCCGACCCCAGCUGUGCCACUCCACCUGGCACGGCUCAUACUAGUUCUUCUAUGCAAACUAGAUACCAAAGCCGAGCUGUACAAGGAUGUCUCUUUGUCCUACCUCUUCCUAGCAAACAACAUUAACUUUGUUGUUGUAAAGGUUAAACUGACCAACCUUAACUAUCUGCUCGGCCACGAGUGGUUCUCAAGGCAUGCUAGGAAAGUCGAGCAAUAUGCAUCAAGCUACGAAGCACUUGCUUGGAAUAAGGUAUUCUCAUCACUGCCUGAAAGCAACUCUACAGGAACAUCUGUAGAAGCAGUGAAGGGUAUUUUCAGGAAAUUCAAUGCAGCCUUUGAAGAAGCAUACCGGAAGCAGACUUCAUGGGUCAUACCAGACAGGAAAUUGAGGGACAAAGUAAAGGUGUCAAUUGCGAAGAAACUUACACCUGCAUAUAGAGAAUUUUACGACACUUAUUUAGGUAUGCUGAGUGGGGAAAAAAACUUGGGAGUCCUGGUAAGGUUUGGUCCCGAUGAUCUGGAGAAUUAUUUGUCGGAUCUGUUCCAUGGUACCGUGGUAUCAGGGAGUUCUUCCUCGUCUUCUUCUUCACAUUCACAGGGUUGCUUGCCCAGAUGAAACAAUAAAUUCCAAGUUCAAGUACAAAUAACUAUUCAACAUCUGAAAAAUUUUCUUUAUGUUAAUUGCAAUUUUUUGCCAAUCAGGCUUAGUUGAGUAAAGGCAUGUUAAUUUACUUCAAUCGUUCCAUAUCCUGCUAUUCCACUCUUCUGCAUUGCU